UGUAUGAUGAUAUGAUGCUGGAUGGAGUACAGCCAACUAGGGAUACAUUCCAUUCUGUCAUCAGUUAGUGGAAAGGUGCUUUCAUGUUUGUUAUCAUGGACUUUCAUUCUUUCUGGAAUUUUCCGUUUGCUUGAUUUUGUUUUGUUGCAGGUGGAUAAGCAAAAUGCUCAUUUCUUUGGUGUUACGAUCAAUGAGCAACAAGCCGAGUGUGGUAUUGUAGUAAGAGUUACUUCAAAUGCACAAAGCAAAUUUAAGUUACUUUAUUUCGAGCAAGAUGUGAAUGGCGGUUAUGGUUUGGCCCUACAGGUGAUUGAUGAAAUAGAUGGAGCUCUUGGUGAUGGCAAAGGUGCUGUGGAGGUUAUUCUAAAGAUGAUAAGAAGUCUGAUACAGGGAAGGAGAAUUUUCCAAAUGAAGAAAAUCAUGAAAGUACAUAGAAAGUUUAUCAUUCAUAUGGAGUUUCCUUUUCAUGAUUUCCUGGAAAAUGGAUUAUAG